UAAGAGAAUUCCCUAAUAAACCUGUGUACUUGUGUAGGUCUGGGUAAUUUCCGGUUCUGUGGGUCGUCGUGGUGUCCGACGCUAGGGGGCAGUAGCGACUGUCUUUUCAUCCUCCAUCACGUCUGACCCGCGCAUCUCGCGUGAGAGGAGCAAUCAAGUAAAGACAUCAAUCACCUGAAACACAAUGAGUGUAGACGUGAAGAAACUGAAAGUAAACGAACUAAAAGAGGAGCUCCAGCGCCGCGGCCUGGACACCAAAGGCCUGAAGGCAGAUCUGGUGGAGAGGCUGAAAGCAGCUCUGGAGGCUGAAGCUCAGGCUGAUACCUCAGAGCAAGGAGAGCAGGAGGAUGAGUACUGCGAGGACCCUCAAGACAACGACGACGUAGAGGAUGUCGAAGAGCAGCAAGAAGCAGUUGAUGAUGAUGAUAAUGGUGAUGGUGACGGUGAUGGCGACGGUGACGGCGAUGGUGAUGGCGAUGGUGAAGGCGAAGGCGAUGGUUAUGUUCCUCAAGAGGAAGAUGAGGGUCAAGAUUCGGGUGGUUACUACGAGGAUGAGGAGGCAGAAGGCGAGCCAUAUGAAAGUCAACCAACUUCAGACUCUGGUCACAGCAUGCCCGACUUCACAGCAGAUGUCGAUAUUCAGAAAUCUGAUGUGAUGUCUGAGGAAGAGACUAAACCUGUGCCGGAGGCCAACGACGAGGAUAAACAAGAAGUUAAAGUGGAAGUCAAAACCGAGGAUGACCCAGAGCCUGUUGGAGACGAACAGCAGGACAAUCAUGGAACAGAAAAUCAGGAUAGCCAAGCUGGCGCCGCCCAGGCUGAGCAGGUCAAAGUGGAAGCUGAUAAAGGUGGACACUACGGCCGCAAGAGACCAUAUGAGGAGAACAGGAGCUACGGCUACUAUGAGCACCGUGAGGAAAAGAGAUCCCGAACACCACAGCCCCCUGCUGAAGACGAGGAAGAGAAUAUAGAUGACACUCUUGUGACGAUUGAUACAUAUAACUGUGAUCUGCACUUCAAAGUGUCCCGAGAUCGCUACAGUGGUUAUCCGCUGACCAUUGAGGGCUUUGCUUACCUGUGGGCUGGAGCACGAGCCACACAUGGUGUCACCCGAGGCCGUGUGUGUUAUGAGAUGAAGAUCAACGAGGAAAUUCCCGUAAAGCAUCUGCCCAGCAGUGAGCCAGAUCCCCAUGUGGUCAGGAUCGGAUGGUCGGUCAACCACAGCAGCACUCAGCUCGGUGAGGAGCCUUUUUCUUUUGGAUACGGGGGAACAGGAAAGAAAUCUGAAAACUGCAAGUUUGCAGACUUCGGUGAGAAGUUUGGUGAAAACGACGUCAUUGGCUGUUACAUUGACUUUGAAAGUGGCAACGAGGUGGAGAUGGGCUUUUCUAAGAAUGGAACGUGGCUGGGUGUGGCUUUCCGGACAACCAAGGAAGCGCUGGCUGGCCAAGCCCUGUUCCCUCACGUCCUGGUGAAGAAUUGUGCCGUCGAGUUCAACUUUGGACAGAAGCCGCAGCCAUACUUCCCUCCACCAGAGGGAUACACCUACAUUCACAAUCUGGACAUGGAGGACAAAAUCAGAGGCACUAAAGGACCCGCCACCAAAUCAGAGUGUGAGAUCCUGAUGAUGGUUGGCCUGCCUGCCUGUGGAAAGACCACUUGGGCUAUUAAACACGCAGAGAGUAACCCUGAGAAGAAGUACAACAUCUUGGGCACAAAUGCCAUCAUGGACAAGAUGAAGGUGAUGGGUCUGCGUCGCCAGAGGAACUACUCCGGGCGCUGGGAUGUUCUCAUACAGCAGGCCACCCAGUGUCUGAACAGGCUGAUUGAGAUCGCUGCCCGCAAGAGACGCAACUACAUCCUAGAUCAGACAAAUGUAUAUGGAUCAGCAAGGAGACGAAAAAUGCGUCCUUUUGAAGGUUUUCAACGCAAGGCUAUUGUAAUUUGUCCCACGGACGAGGAUUUAAAAGAACGAACAUUAAAGCAAACCAAUGAGCAGGGGAAGGAUGUGCCCGAUCAUGCUGUUUUAGAAAUGAAAGCCAACUUUACUCUCCCUGAGGCUUGCGACUUCCUGGAGGGGGUGACGUUCGUUGAGCUGGAGCGCGAUGAGGCUGAAAGUCUGGUGAAGCAGUACAAUGAGGAGGGCCGCAAGGCUGGCCCGCCCCCUGAGAAACGCUUUGACAACAGACAGGGCGGGUUCCGCGGACGCGGCGGCGGCUUCCAGCGCUAUGACAACCGUGAUGGAUCCCGCGGUGGCUACCAGAACCGCAGUGACGGAGGUGGCGGAUACAGAGGAGGCUACAGUCGUGGUGGCUAUAACCAGAACCGCUGGGGCAACAGCUACCGUGAUGGCGGCUCGGAUUCACGCAGCGGAUAUAACCGCAACCAACAGUCAGGAGGAAGCUACAAUCGCUCAGCUCCUUACAACAAGGGAGGAUACAACCAGGGCUACAGCCAGAGCUACAAUCAAGGUUACAACCAGGGCAACUACAACCAGAAUUACUACAGCAACUAUAGCCAGUAUCCAGGCUACAGCCAGAGCUACAGCCAGACACCUGCCACUGGACAGACGUACAACCACCACCAGCAGCAGCAACAGCAGCAGCCGCAGCAGCAACAGCAGCAGCAGCAGAGCUACAACCAGCAGUAUCAGCAGUAUGCUCAGCAGUGGCAGCAGUACUACCAGAACCAGAACCAGUGGAACCAGUAUUACAGCCAGUACGGCAGCUACCCUGGACAGGGCAGCCAAGGCUCUUCCUCUGGUUCCCAGUAGAUUUCACCCCGCAUCUGUACCUGCACCCACCUACGUCCUAAACACUCUGACCUCUGCAGCGGAUCGAUUUUUGUACAGUCUCACAACCACAACUGUCCGUCUGGUUUAACACGGAAGCCUUCAACUGGGAUCGGCUCCAGCCUCCCGCCACCCAGCAAAGCAUGAGGGGAUUUAGACCGUGGAUGGGUGGGCCUUCAUUCCUCACUAAUCAGUGUACACAUGAAAUGUAUACAGUUUGAUGUUUGUUCUUUUUACAGAAUGAAGUCUUACCCGAAGCCGUGACCAUGAGGUGGUAGAUCAUAGCUAUCAGAACAUUUAAUGAAUGUUAUCUAUUAUGCAUUGAAUGUGGAUGACUGCUGAGGUGCAGGCUCCACAUUUGCUACAGUUUGAAGAGGUAAUUGUAUAUUUCUAGGAUGCAUAGUGUGAGAAGGUGGCAGGGCAGGGAAAAAUACAGCAAAGGCUGAAUAAUUUUGCUUGUUUUGAGAAGCUCAUAACAAAGAACAAAACGCAUGCUUUUUACCCUCACAGCCCUUUUCUCUUUAUUUUUUCGUAACCGAGUGAGCACAUUUUAUUUACUCCAAUAGAAUUCAAACAUGGAACAAUUUUUUUUUUUUAAUUUUUUUUUUUUUAGGUGUCGAUAAUGUAGUAUUUAAGAGUUAAUCCAGCUUUUGAUUAAGAACAUUAUUUUUGCCACUCUAAGUAGUUGAAUGUGGAGUUUGUUUGGUUUUUUUCUUCUUUUUUAUCCCUUUGUGAUUGGUGUUAAUGGAGUCCAGUAGUUAAAUCCUGUUGUCAAACCCAUUUUUUUCUACCUGAAAACAAAAAUCUGAUCGACCAGUUACUCAAAGUUGUGUUCUUGUCUUUAUACAAUAAAUGCAGUUGUAUACGCCUGUA